AUGGCAUCAGGUGCCGACUCCGGCGCUGAGGGAUCCAAGCCUACCAGCCCAUCUGGCCCAGCAGGCGGCUCAAGCUCUGCCCUGCGUCCAUCUUCCCCUACACCUCCAGGAGGCCCACGAACAGCCCUCCGCCGCCGUGCUGCUGCAGACCACAAGGAGUCCGUACGAAAUGCACGCCCAGCGUCAACCAGAGCUGCCGGAGCCGGCGGUUCGUCUGGUACCAUGCUCAAGCUGUACACCGAUGAGAGCCCAGGCCUGAAGGUUGACCCUGUUGUUGUAUUGGUUUUGUCUCUUGGGUUCAUUUUCUCUGUUGUCGGGCUUCAUGUUAUUGCAAAGAUCACUCGCAAAUUCUCUUCGAUCCAGCUUCUACGACACAACCACAACUACUCAACAUACUAUAAUCUAUACCUUAUGACACAGGGGCUGUUUGAUCUCUACCUACUGGCUAUCCUCCAAGAUCAAAUAGGUUCCAAGCAAACCUGUGAUGAACAUGCGCGUUGGUCAAAGCGGGAUAUUGAUACAAUGUCUUCCUUGAUACCAGAUGCUGCAACUUACACUAUUUGCGCGUGUUUAUUUCAUCUUUAUGCCUUGUUCUCUAUCCACCUCCAUCCCGUCCUCAAUAUCAGCUGUAUAUUUGGGACCUCAAUAUUCCGCAAAGUCUAG